AACUGUCAAAGUAAUUGUGUUGAAAGCGCGGACGAGACGUUUAUGUAACGUAGAACGCUAAUUCGUCUCGCGUUUUGGCUUUACGAUUCCUCGAAGGACUUUCAACCGUUAUCGGAGUUAGUUCUUGGGGCAUAACGGAAGUUUGGAGAACGGUCAGGCAUGGCGGGCCGUUUAAUCGAGCGAGGAAAUGUUCAACAACAUGAAAAGAGUGAUCAAUGUUUGUUCAUUAUUUAACUAACUUCAUGUUUAGACCGAUUAGUGUGACGGACGUAAAGGCUACUAAACGGAUGCCAGUCUAAUAAUUUUACGAUCUCACCUGAGCAAUUGUUUUGGAUUCUUGUGAUUAUAGAAAUCUUUUUUUGCAAUAAAUUUAUUCAAUUUUCAUAGCUGUUUGAAAAAGAAAUCUCUUAUUGCUGUAAUAAAAGGAGAAACUCGAGGUGCAUUAGUCGAUUGCGAGGAUAUUACUUUGUACCUGUCACCGAGUUAGCGCACUUUCUAACAAUACGCUCUUUCUCCAACGCGAUUAUGCGACAAAAAUCCUAAAUUGCAUAAUCGUCCGAUAGAACUUUUACACUUUCUAUUGUAUUUGCUGUAUCAUCUUGUUCUCUCUCUCUCUCUCUCUCUUUUUUUCUCUUGUCUUCUCAUUAAUUUACAAUUUAAUAAACUAAUUUCAGAACUUUUAGGGCGGGUUUAUCAAUGUUUAGCUAAGAGUGACUGCUAUGUAACUAAAAGUUAAGAGAUGGCUAAGAGUUAUUGUUCUAGUCAUCUAUCUAUGCGUUUAUCCACCCCACUGUUGACUAUUAGUUAAGUAACUGUCAGUUACAUUUGUUUUAAUGUUGGUUGGUAGCAUUGUUAGCGGUAAACAUAACCUAAAAGCGAUAUAUAAUCAUAGGCUUUGUGUCAGUAAAAUUGGCAUUUAGAAUACGUAUUACGAUGGAUCCGAAAAAAGAUAAAAGGAGUUCCAAUUUUACCGCUAGCGAUAAACAAUUAUUAUUAAGGUUGUGUAAUGAACACAAAAGUAUUAUUGAAUGUAAAAAAACUGAUGGUUGCACGUGGAGAAAAAAAGAUGAGAUGUGGAAAGAAAUAGAAAAUUUAUUUAACAGCUCUACAACAAGUAUAGUAAGUUUGUUCGGAUAUUUUUUUAUUAAUAUAGGAAUACGAUAUGCAAUAUACAAAUCAGUCAAAAAAUAUAUAAAUAUUGUCUUAACAGCAUCGAACUGUGAAGCAAUUAAAAUUCAAAUACGAAGCGAUAAAAAGAGAUUUAAAGAAAGAACGAGUAAAAAACAAGGCUUAUACAAGAGGCACUGGUGGAGGACAGUAUAUACCUCCACCCGUUACAAACACAGAAGAGGAGAACGAACUAUUACAAACAAUCGAAAUUAGUGUUGAAGGAUUGACAAAUACGUUUGAUUGUGAUGGUUUGUCCGGUAAAUAAUUGUUUUAUAUGUAUAUAAAGAUAGAUUUAUAAUCUGUUUAAUCAAUUAAUGGAUCCAGAAAUGCAACCGCUCACUGAACGGCUAAGUAGCAAUGAAGAUUAGUGAUUUACUUUGGAUCCAACAAAUCUCCAACAACUGCUUAGUCAGUGAGUGGUUAUGCUUCUAAAUGCACCUAUUGUAAUGUGAAUAUAAUCAUAGAAAAAAAUUACAUGAGAUCACAAAUUACUAGUAGCAGUUUAGUUAUCUUUGUCAUUUUUUGUCUUUUGAAAUAAUUGUUAUAUUGUUAAGGCAACAAUAAUUUACUGCUAUCAUUAAUCUAUAGAUUGAUUGUUACAUAUACAAUUAUGCUUAUUAAAUUGUUUUAAAAUAUUAGGCAUUGUUGGAAUUGAAUUAUCAAAUAACACUGCUGUAGCAACAGAAGGUGAAAUUGUAGAGAUGGAUUAGAGUAAUCCUAUUCCUCAAAUGUUAAGAACACCAGUCCAUGAAGCACUUAUUGUUUCUAACAAUGAAAUUCCGAGUACCAAUGAACAUCCCGAUAGUCAAGAGACAUCUACUAACAAUGACAUUCCGAGUACCAAUGAACAUCCCGAUAGUCAAGAGACAUCUACUAACAAUGACAUUCCGAGUACCAAUGAACAUCUUGAGAGUCAAAAGACAUCUACUAACAAUCAAAAUACCAGUGAACAUCUUGACAAUCAAAAGACAUCUGCUAACCAGCCCAUACAGCAACAAAGCAACAAUUCAUGGCAUAGUAGAAGACGACCAGUUUUGCAUAAAGCAAGUAAAUCUUCAGUUAGUGCUGCAUUUGAAUUGCUUGCUGAGAAAAAAAUACAGUUAGUUAAUUGGCAAAUAGAACUGGAGAAAAUAAGAAGAGCCCACGUACGACAAAAAAAUCAACUGGAAAUAGAUAUCUUAAACUUACAAAAGGAUGAGAUGCAAUUGAAAGUAGAUUUAUUAAAAAAACAUUAAAUUCAUAAUAUCAAUUAUCUCCUUCUGUCUCUCUGUAUUUAUCUCUUUGUAAAAAAAACAUAUAAUUAUAUUUUUAAUACUUUUAUUUUCUUUUUAUAUUAUUGUUUAAUUAAAAAUAUUUAGUAAAAUUAUUAAUUACUUUACUUCAUUAUAUAAUGUUUUUUAAAAUCUUUGAUUGUCUUUUUUUGAUGUUCUUAAAUAUAAGUCUUCUUUAAUAGACCAUUGUUCUUAACAUUUGAGAGACAGGGCAUUCCAAUUCAUUUUUAUCAAUACUUGACUUUUCUGAUAUCGAUAAUUAUCGGUUAUAAUCGAUACAUUCAAUUAAAUAAAAUCAAUUUAAUUACAAUUGUUUCUCAGCCGUUUUGUGUUUUUAAUGUUGCUUUUAUAAAUAAAAGUUUAUUGUACUUUUUGUUUUCAAUAAUUUUUGUAAUGUUUUAAAUAUUUUUUAUAAAAUUUUAUAUUUUAUUACUUAGUAUAGUUUGUUGUACAAAUAUGUAUACUGUGGUUUUGGUGCAACAUAUUAUACAUAUGGAGUUUAUAAACAAUUAUUUUAUUUUAAAUACAUACCUAAAAACAUGUAAAA